GAGAAUAGCUGAUUGCUGGGACAGGCAAGUGAGGAAGGGUGAUCCUGAGCAGGUGCCAAGGAGCUCUUUGCACCAGCUUCAGGGUGCUCUGUUGCUUGGGGACAGAAGAGCAUUAAUGAGCAGGACUGGCUGAUCUCCCCUCUGAUGGGCAAUUAUAAUCUGAUUUCUCUUGAUGGAAGAGCUUAGGGCUGGAGGCAGAUAUUUCCCUGCUAAGAGAAGUGCUGCCUACAAAGUGAAACCAGAGGCCUGUUCUCCAAAGGGCUAUGUAAACACAAAGGACUCUUCCUUGGUUCCCAACUGAACCAGCAACAUGCCAGAACAAAGUAACGACUACAGAGUCGUCGUCUUUGGAGCUGCGGGUGUCGGUAAGAGUUCCCUGGUUCUUCGUUUUGUAAGGGGAACCUUCAGGGAAACAUACAUCCCUACUGUUGAAGACACUUACCGCCAAGUGAUCAGCUGUGACAAGAACAUCUGCACCCUCCAGAUCACAGACACCACUGGAAGCCAUCAGUUCCCUGCCAUGCAAAGACUCUCCAUCUCCAAAGGCCAUGCCUUCAUGUUGGUGUACUCCGUGACCAGCAGGCAGUCCGUAGAGGAGCUUCAUCCCAUCUACGAACAGAUCUGCCAAAUCAAAGGAGAUAUCCAGAAGGUCCCUAUCAUGUUGGUGGGCAACAAGAGUGAUGACCCCCAGAGAGAGGUGGAUGCCAGUGAAGGAGAAGUCCUUGCCAGCCAGUGGAAAUGCUCCUUCAUGGAGACAUCCGCCAAAAUGAAUUACAAUGUGCAAGAGCUUUUUCAAGAGCUCUUGAAUUUGGAAAAGAGAAGAAGUGUAAGUCUCCAAGUGGAUGGCAAGAAAUCAAAGCAGCAGCGGAAGAAGGAUAAACUGAAAGGCAAGUGUUCAGUCAUGUGAGUGGCUAGAUUCUGCUCUUCCUGUGUCAUUACAAUGAAAGCAGAGACUUAAUCUUGCAGAACACUUUCAUGUACACUGGGAAAUGGCUGGGUAUAAAGGCUUUCCAAGAACUGCUUUGUUUUGUUAGGCUUGCUAAUGUAUUUUGGUUAGAGUGUUUGAAUAUUUGAUGGAAGCUGGGUUUUGCAUGUUUUGUACUACACAAGCCAACCUGUUAGAAAAUGCUGAUCAUCACACUCCUCUGCAGCAGCCAGUGUUAUCCACUGUGUAAUAGGACAGGUUGUUAAUGGUAAAAUGAUAAAAAGCAACAGAAUACAGAAAUAACCUAAUGCCUGCAUUUUAGUGCUGCUUUUAAAAGAUAUUCUGCAACGUAUCACUAACCCCCAGCUUAUGCAAAUACUUAGGGCAACAAGUGAUCCUAGGUUUGUCGCAACAGGGCUACAGCCAAUAAGCCAGAAACAAAGUAUUUUUGUCUACUGUUUGUAUAUACAUAAAGCGGGCGGGCGGGCAGGGGGGAUGCUUUCAGACCUAUACUUAGCCAGGGUAAAAUCAAACACUGGCCACUGUCAGGACCAGAUUAUUUUUGCUUACUGGGUUUUUGUUUGUUUGUUUUGAACAUGUACAUAUAUGUAGGGAAGGAGAAGCUGCAUUCCUUACCAAAGACAUUCUAGUUGUUUCUAUUACAUGUUGAACUUUCAAAUGUGGUGGUGUACAUCGCAAGGAUUUUAUGUGGAUGAUUGAAUGAUUAAAGUGAUUUGAGUAUCUAA